UCAGCCACACUGCUCUGUCUGUAAGGCUGUUUUAUACUAAUGGCUAAUUAGCAAAGCACUGAGGCCAGAUCAGAACUCUCUCCUGCCAUGCUCUUCAAACCCCUGUUGGUAAUCGUCCUCUCUGUGUCAGGUGUUCUGAGCCAGUGGGGAUGGAGAGUGACUUACACCACUGAGGGAAUCUGUGCCUUAAAUGGGUCUUCAGUUGACAUGAGCUGCACUUACUCAUAUCCCUCACAUCACACUGUGCAGAAAACAUUCUGGUUUAUUCACUGGAAUGAGACACAGGAGCCUGAGGACCUGUCCCAGAAUGCAGAGUACUCUCACCGUGUGGAGUAUCUGGGGGAUAAGAACAGUGAUUGCACUUUCAGAAUAAAGCAACUGAAAGAAAGCGAUUCUGCAAUAUAUCGCUUCAGGUUCCUGACUGAUAGCCAACAUGGAAAAUAUACUGGUCUGCCUGGAGUCUCAUUGACAGUUACAGGUCUUCAGGUGAAAGUAACAGAGAAUGAGGCACAGAGUGUAAAACUGACCUGUAGCAGCACCUGCACUUUGAGUGGCAGCCCAACCUUUACCUGGUACAAGAAUGGAAAAGUUGUGCCCUAUGAAAAUAAAUACUCCCUUAAUUUAGCCAGCACUGAUGAUACAGAUCUGUACUCCUGUGCUACAGGAAGAGUCACUUCCCCUGCAGUCAAUGUGAAAUGUGUAAAGGUUGAAAUGAAAUCUGACACAGUGAGUGAGGGAGUGAGGGUGACACUAACCUGUAAAAUCACCUGCACUGACCUGACUGGCAGCCAAACAUUCAUCUGGUACAAGAAUGGAAAAUUUCUACAAAACACCAACCAGAAAUAUCAACAAGAUGACUACCUUCAGUUCAAUGCCAGCAGUGGAGAUGCAGGCAGCUACUCCUGUGCACUGAGAGGUCAUGAGAAUCUCCCGUCCCCAGCAGUGACUCUCUAUCCUCCUAAGAGCAUCUCAGUAUCAGUUAGUUGCUCUGAUGAAAUAGUGGAGGGCAGUUCAGUGACUCUGACCUGCAUGAAUAAUGCCAACCCACCAGUGCAGAGAUACGCCUGGUUUAAGAAGACUGGAUCUGCAUUCUCAUGGAGAGGAUCAGAAUGGAGUUACACUAUUAAAAACAUAACACUGCAGGAUGUAGGAGAAUACACCUGUCAGGCAGAGAAUGUGAUUGGGACAAACAGAUCUCCUCCUAAAUGCCUUGAUGUGCAGUGUGAGUAUAUCAGUGCAUCUCAGCUUCAGACACACAGAGCAGAGUCAGUAUCUCCUGAGUGUCUUUGGGAACCUUUGCAAUAGUAACACACUGAGUAAAGCAGUCACACUGGCCAGUGAAGGGAAAAUCUUAUGAAGACAUAAUUAAUUUAACAUGAUGAGUAAGCCAGGUGAUACGGACAUGUCAUAAGUAAA